AUGUCCGAUGACGAGCUAUCUAUAGAUGCAAACAUAUUCGAAGAACCAGAAGGUUUUUUACCACCACCACCUGAGUCACACUUUGCUACAUACGACCGUAAAGUUACCCAUGCCCAACCGAAACAGAUUCGGAUGAAAUUGGUCGGGAAAUCACCCUUAUGGGGCCACAUGUUAUGGAAUGCGGGUAUUUACACUGCUGACUACUUGGAUAAACAUGCUACUGAACUUGUUCAAGGGAAAAGGAUUUUGGAGUUGGGUGCAGCAGCAGCCCUACCUUCAUUGGUAUGUGCUGUGAAUGGAGCAAAGGAAGUAAUAGCUACUGAUUACCCCGAUCCUGAUUUGAUUAACCACAUUGAAUACAGUUUUAGUGAAUUGGAGAAUAAUGCACCCCAGAUAUCUGAUUACAAGGUGAAGGGAUACAUUUGGGGUAACAAUGUGAAAGAACUGAUUUACGGAGAUGAUAAGACAGGGGAAUUGCAAGAGGACGAAAAGUUUGAUUUAAUUAUACUAUCAGACUUGAUUUUCAAUCAUACUGAACACCACAAGUUACUUUCUGCAUGCCGUCAAUCACUAAAAUCUACCGGAAGAUGUCUCGUUGUCUUCAGUCCUCAUCGAGCCCACUUGCUAAAUGAAGACUUGAAAUUUUUUGAAACUUGUAAACAAUACGAUUUUGAGGCCGAUAAGAUUGAUAUGAUAAAUAUGACGCCAAUGUUUGUUGAAGAUGAAGAGACGGCUGAAGUGAGGUCAAGAGUGUAUUCGUAUUUCUUGAUUCCAAAAUGGCAAAUAGAAAGCUUAUAG